UUUUCACAGGAAUUACUCUCGAGGCUUUUUGAGUUAUUCGACACAGAUGGGGAUGGACUUUUGGUUCAGGACACGUGGAUUGAAUUUUUAAAAGAGCGUCUUACGGACGAGAAGCAAAUCGAUUUGGCUGAACAGCUGGAAAGUGUCGCAUAUGUUCUUUGUGGUGAUGACAAAGUUUCAUUAGAUAAGUUCUGUCAAAUACUGCAAGCAAAAGGGAUUGUGGAUAAACUUUUUCGAAUUAUUGAUCAAGAUUCAGAUGGUGUUAUUACAGCAGCUCAAAUAAUGGAAUUUCUCGCAAAUAUUACAAAUACCAGAAAACGUUCCGGAUUUGACAAAGGUAACCUGGAAUGGUUGGAGCAACUUUUUAGGCAAACAGUUGGAAAUGAAAAAGAAAUACGAAGAGAUGACUUUAAGAAGAUUCUUAUUACUAAAAAUCCAUUUUUUACUGAAAGAGUGUUUCAAAUAUUUGAUAAAGAUGACUCUGGUUCAAUUUCACUGCAAGAGUUUUUAGACGCAAUGCAUCAAUUUGCUGGCCAAUCUCCUGAUGAUAAGAUCAAGUUCCUAUUUAAAGUUUAUGAUCUUGAUGGUGAUGGUCUUAUUCAACAUAGAGAGCUGCAACAUGUAAUGCGUGCUUGUAUGGAGGAAAAUGGAAUGCAAUUCAGUGAAGAGCAAAUUGAUGAUUUAACUAUGGCCCUUUUUGAAGAUGCUGAUUCUGAAUCUAGAGGAGCUAUAACAUACGAAUCCCUAAAGAAUCAAUUAGAAAAACAUGGUGGUUUACUUGAAAAUCUUUCAAUUAGUAUUGAUAGAUGGCUUGUGCCUCCAAAGCCAAAAGCAGCACAAACUUCAACAUUAGCCAGAUUAAGCUCCCUAAGACCAUAUCAACUAUCUCUUCCAUAUAUAAAAAAUAACUAUGUGUUUAUCAUCUUUGCAAUGUUUAUUUUCUGUAUUAACCUCGUGUUAAUUAUACAGAGAAUCAUCCAAUAUAGUGCUGCUAACUUCUUUGUUAUUUCUGCUCGAGCUUGUGGUCAAUGUUUGAACUUCAAUUGUAUGUUUGUCCUUGUACUAAUGUUGCGUCACAGCAUUACUUUUUUAAGAACGAGAGGAUUCAGUAAUUUCUUACCACUUGACCAACACAUUUAUUUUCAUAAAGUGACUGGAGUUUGUAUAUUUGUGUAUAGUGUCAUUCAUACUAUAAUGCAUUUAUUUAAUUUUAGUAUUAAUGUUGUAAAUGAUCAGACAAUCAAUAGUGGAAAUUACACAUUAGCUGAAUGGAUUUUGACAAGUAAACCCGGACUUUUUGGUCUGAUACCUGGUGUAGCAAAUCCAACUGGAGUUGCUUUGAUUCUUAUUCUUAUAAUUAUGUUUAUUUGUUCUCAAGCUUUUGUGAGAAGAGGUGGAAGUUUUGAGAUAUUCUAUUGGACACACUUAUUAUACUUACCAUUUUGGAUUCUUCUGAUCCUUCAUGGACCCAACUUUUGGAAAUGGUUCAUCAUUCCUGGUAUUAUAUAUAUAAUUGAACGAAUAAUGAGAUUUUCUUGGAUGAAAUCAGAACGAGGCAAAACUUACAUCAGUUCAGGCAUAUUAUUGCCUUCUCGUGUUACACAUCUAGUGAUUAAGCGUCCUCUACAUUUUGAUUUCCAUUCUGGUGAUUAUGUGUUUAUUAAUAUACCUGCAAUCGCAAAAUAUGAAUGGCAUCCUUUUACAAUCAGUUCAGCACCUGAACAAGAAGGAUAUAUGUGGUUACAUAUUAGAGGAGUAGGAGAAUGGACAAAUAGGCUUUACAAUUAUUUUGAAAAAGAACAAGAAAAAUUGCAUAGCAUAAGAGAAGAUUUACCUCAAACCAACUCAAUACAAAAAGCAUCUAAUGGCGCUGCAUUAAAUGAAAACAAGACUAUUAAACGUAUUCAAGACUCAUUAAGAAAAAAAUUUGCAAACAAAGAUCCCAGCUCUAGUCAUUCUGAUAGUUUUAAUAGAAUACAAGAUGGAUAUUCAAAUGAAGGUUUCAACAGUAAUGAAAAUAUACAUUCUUCAACAGAAAGUGAUAUCUCUUUGAAACCAAUUAGUGCAAGUAAUGAUGCAGUGAAUCUUUCUAAUAGAAAGCUUAAUCCAGCAAAGAAAAUGCACUUCAUGCUGCUUCAUAAAAAACCAUUAUCUAAAUCACUUUCUAUGCCUGAUAUGGACAACCGAACAAAGAAACGACAACGAUUACUGGUUUUAAGAGAAUAUGCACGAUCUGAAUCAGAAAAGAGUUUUGAUGAAUGUCAAAUACGACGUGCAAGACUUCAGUCAUUAGGAUUAGCUUACUUAAGUCCUCAGAACAAGUCACUUGCACAAAGUUUCAGAUAUAUGAGAAACAAACCUACUAUUAUUGCUUUUAAAACACCAAGUCUUGAAAACUGUGAAGCUAAAAUGUCUGCCCUUUCUGUUCUUAACAAACAGGACUUAGAACUUUUUGGGAGUGUUGAAAGAGCUAUGGAAGAGGGCCGAGUUAAUAGAGAAGAAGAAAACAAGAUGGAUGGCAAUAAACCCCAUUCAUCAGUUAAUUAUCCAGUAGGAAAACCAUUAGAGAUUUAUCUUGAUGGUCCUUAUGGAGCCCCUUCAAGCCAUAUAUUUAGAGCUCAACAUGCUGUGCUUAUUGCUACAGGUAUUGGAGUGACUCCAUUUGCUUCAAUUUUGCAAUCCAUUAUGCAUCGUUACUGGAAAGCAAGGCAUUGUUGUCCAAACUGUAAACAUGCAUGGGUCAGUGAAAUACCACCAACUGUGAUGCACCUAAGGAAGGUUGACUUCUUUUGGAUUAACAGAGAUCAAAGAUCUUUUGAAUGGUUUGUAAAUUUAUUGUCUCAACUAGAAAUUGAACAAGCUGAACUUGGAGGAGCUAUGGAAAGAUUUUUGGAAAUGCAUAUGUAUAUUACAUCUGCUUUACAAAAAACAGAUAUGAAAGCUGUAGGGUUACAAUUAGCACUGGAUUUGCUUCAUGAAAAAGAAAAAAGAGAUCUAAUAACAGGUUUAAAAACAAGAACAAAUGCAGGAAGACCUAAUUGGGAUAAAGUAUUCAAGCAACUACUGGAUCAGAAAAAAGGAAAAGUCACUGUUUUUUAUUGUGGGCCACCACAGUUGGCAAGGAUUUUGAGACUGAAGUGUGAUCAAUUUGGUUUCAGUUUCAGAAAGGAAGUUUUUUAA